GAGGCGGGGUCCCGGCGCGGUGCUCGCGCCCCUUGCGCGCCAGUCCCGGGGCUGCAGGGAGCGCAGAGCGCGCUCUGGGCCCGGGCCCCGGCCACCGGACGUUCUACCGGACACGACCCUCCCUGAAGCUUGGACAGCUGCCCACCUUGGACACUGCCCCACACAGGGCUGGACACUACAACGGACACUACUUCCCAGCUCCGGACAUUGCUCCCUCCUCCCCCCUGGGCCCUGGACGAUUUUCCCCCUCCCCCUUCGGGGGCCCAGACACUGAGCCCCCGCAGGCUCUAGCGACCAACCCCUGCACCCCGGCUGCAGACACUGCCUCCUCCCAGUCCCCUUCUCCCUUCCCCUCCACCCGCCCCGUAUUUCCCCCGACUGAGUAGGAGCCUCGCCAGCUUCUCCGACCCCCUGCAGCUUGGCCCCGGCUGCCCAAGCCCCCAUCCCCCGGCUGCUCGUCCGGAUGCCUCUCCCCGGGGGAUUGUGGUGGCUCCUCUGCUGCCGUCGAGGCUUUACUCUUCUGCACCGGGACUACGGGGACGGCGAACUUAGCGGGGACGGGGACGAGGACGAGGACGAGGAGACCUUUGAGCUACGGACCCCGAGUCCAGCGGGCGGCGGGAGGGGCCCGCUGGAUGUGACGCUGACUCAGCCUGUGAGGGGUGGGCCUAUCUCAGACAGGCUGCAGAGCUGGGAGGAGACCCGGAGCCUCAUCCCGGAGAAAGGGCUGCUGGAGGAGGACUCAGAUGUCGUCGUGAAAGGUUGGCUGUACCGUGAGACCCGCGAUCGAGGGGCACGGCCCUGGUUGCCCCCCCGCCGGGCCUGGUUCGUGCUCAGCCGGGACUCCCUGGACCAGUUCAGCAGCAGCGGGAAGGGGGCGCGGCGCCUGGGGAGCCUGGUUCUCACCAGCUUGUGCUCUGUGACCGGCCCGGAGCGCAGGCCCAAGGAGACCGGUCUGUGGUCGGUAACCGUGUCUGGCCGGAAGCACAGUGUGAGGCUCUGCUCCCCGCGCCAGGCCGAAGCAGAGCGCUGGGGGGUGGCCCUGCGCAAAGUGAUCGCCUCCAAGGCGCCGCUGGAGACCCCCACCCAGCUGCUGCUCAGGGACAUUCAGGAGAGUUGCGGGGACCCGGAGGCCGUGGCCCUCAUUUACCGACGAAACCCAAUUCUGAGGCACACCAGUGGAGCCUUGUACGCCCCGCUCCUGCCCCUGCCGUAUGGCGUCAGCGCCCCAGGUCCUGGCUACGCACCCUUGCGAGAGGAGGCGGUACGGCUGUUCCUGGCGCUACAGGCCCUGGAGGGGGCGCGGCGCCCCGGGCCCCUGAUGCAGGGUGUACUUCAGACCUGCCGGGACCUGCCUGCACUUCGUGACGAACUCUUCCUGCAGCUGGCUAAGCAGACCUCGGGCCCCGCGGGGCCCCCCGGGUUCCCCGAUACCCAAGACCCCGCAGCCCUCCGGUACUGGCAGCUCCUCACCUGCAUGAGCUGCACCUUCCGGCCUGGGGGAGCUGUACGAGGUCACCUCCUGGGACAUCUGGAGAGGACCGAGCGGGCGCUCCCGGAUUCGGAACUGGCGGAGUACGCGCGCUUCAUCCGCAGAGCGCUGGGCCGGACGCGCGGCCGAGAGCUCGUGCCCUCGCUGGCAGAGAUUUCCGCGCUGAGCCGACGGCAAGAGCUGUGGUGUACCGUGCACUGUCCGGGGGCUGGUGCCUGCCCCGUGGCCAUAGACUCCCACACCACAGCGGCGGAGGUUGCUCGGGAGCUGGUGGGGCGGCUGGGCUUGGCUCGAAGCCGCAACGCUUUCGCGCUGUACGAGCAGCAAGGGGCCCAGGAGCGAGCCCUGGCUGGGGGGACUCUCGUGGCCGACGUGCUCACCAGGUUUGAGAAAUUGGCGGCGGAGGAAGCUGGCCCGGAGGACUCGCCCGACCCCGGUUGGAGACUGUGCCUGCGCCUUCACGGACCCCUGCGCCCCGAGGGGCUGUCCCCAGACGGUCACGAGCUGCCUUUCCUCUUCGAGCAGGCUCACGCUCUGCUGCUGCGCGGCCGUCCUCCCCCGCCCGACGACACGCUGCGCGCCCUGGCGGCGUUGCGCCUGCAGAGCCUGCACCGAGACUUCUCCCCGCGGGCGCCCCUGCCGCGCCUGGACCGCUUGCUGCCGCCUCCCGCCCCGCCGCGUGAAGACCCUCCCCGCCCGAUCUCCAGGCCUCCCCCGUCCGCCGCCCUGCUGGCCAGGGCAUUCUGGAGCGCGGGCCUGGCCAAGAGGCCAGCGGAGCGGGUCCAGCGCGGCGGGGCGGGCAGCGCGGCGGGCCUCACGGCCCGGGAGGGAGGUGGUGGCGCCGGUAUGGCGGCUGCUGUGCUGGGCGGCUGGAAGCGGCUACGGGGCAUGGGCCGAGCUGAGGCCAUGGCUGCCUACCUGACUCUGGCGGCGCAGUGUCCAGGGUUCGGCGCUGCUCGGUAUGAAGUACUGGAGCUGAGCACGGAGGCUGGUGGGGGUGCUCCACAGAAGCUAUUCCUGGGCCUGGGGGCCAAGGCGAUGUCCCUCUCCCGACCUGGGGAGACUGAGCCCAUCCACAGUGUCAGCUACGGUCAUGUGGCCGCCUGCCAGCUAAUGGGCCCCCACACCCUGGCACUGAGGGUGGGAGAGAGCCAGCUCCUCCUGCAGAGUCCCCAGGUGGAAGAGAUCAUGCAGCUGGUGAAUGCUUACUUGGCUCACCCCUCCCCGGAGAGGCCCUGCGGCAGUGCUGCUCCUCCCUGCCAAGACCUGCCAGACACCUCCUCUCCCAGCCAGCGCCGGGGCCUGGACGAGCCCCAGGGACAGUCUGGCUGUUUGGGGCAGCUGCAGAAAUGAGCCUGCCAAGAGGUCACGACCUCCCUCCCUUCUCCGUCGUCUCUGGCCUGGACUGCUCUGAGAUUGGAGGGAACCAUGGACCCUUUUAGCCCUGCAGGGACAGGGCACACCCCAUACCCAAGGGCUGCAAUGGGUGCAGACAAUUUUCUAGUUUGUUUCUUAAUUUAUUUGUAGAAGGAAAGCAAAAAAAAAAUUCUUAUUUACACAAACCCUUCCUGUGGGAGCGUUGUCAGUGGGACAAGUUGGAGCCCCAUAGGUCAGAGCUCCACCCCUGGGACGCCCACACUCCGAGUUUUCAGCAGGGCUGAAGGGAGUCUGGACACCACAGGGCUCCACCCUUCUUGACUGUCUGGAUUUAACCUCCUCCUGGCCAUUGUGCUGCCACUGGCUGGUGGGUGGGGUAGAAAAGAGGGCAGCUGUGGAGGCUGCAAUCACUUACCCUCUCUUCCCCACUGAGUGGAAGAGAGGUGGCCUGCUGGUGUCCCUGAGGCCGGAGGCCAGUGAGUCAUCAGGACCACCACUACCCAGUUGCUACGCUGGUGUGUCUAGCUUGUAGGGCCCAUCUUUGGUGUGCCUGCCUACUGCCUUGGGCCUGGAUUGGAGAGAAGCCUGGGACAGGAUUAGACCCAGAAACUUCUCUGGCAUGGAUAAAGGGCUUGUCAGGAUCGGCUCAGCCCUGCUCCUGGG